AUGUGUUUUUAUGAACUGAAGAUGAAAACCAACUGCAGUCUCUUAUCUUGCAGUAUACAGAGUAUGAGCUUCUGUCAUGUCCUGCCCUUCUUCUUUGCCAUUCAUGAGAUCAACCAGAAUCCAAAGCUGCUACCCAACAUCACCCUGGGCUACAGCAUCUAUGAGAACUUUUUCAAUGCAAGGAUAACAUAUGAGGUCAUGAUGGACUUGCUGUCUACAGGGCAAGAGAAUGUCCCAAACUUCAGUUGUGGAAGACAAAAUAAUCUUCUGGCUGUGCUUGAAGAGACUGAUUCGGAGCUCUUUACUUCCAUUUCAACUAUGCUAGGCAUCUACAAAAUUCCACAAAUCAACUAUGGGGUCAUCAGCCACAUUCCAGAGCAGAAACAUCAUUUCCCUUUUUUCUACCAAGUGAGUCCAAAACAAGAACCUCCUCACUUGGCAAUUAUCAAGUUGCUCCUGCAUUUCCGAUGGACAUGGAUCGGCCUCGCUGCUCCGGACAAUGAAAGUGGAGAACGGUUCAGAAGAACUUUUGUGCCAGAAGCUGUAAGGAAAGGUGUCUGUGUUGCCUUUUCAGAAAUCUUACCCAUGGUUAUUAGAGAAGGGAGGGAAAAGGACAUCCUUGAAUAUUUUAGCGACACUAAAGUGAAAAGUAUUGUUUGUCAGUUGGACUCUCAGUCCUCAUUAAUACUAGCAGUGCUAAUACGAGACAUUGAAAAGAGAAAAAUCCUGUUUGAGGAAAAAGUAUGGAUUGCUACAGCUUUGUCAGAUUUAAAUGAAAGUUUGGAAAGGCAGCAUUUUUGUGUUCUUAUUCAAGCCCUUUGUUGUCUAAGAAAGUUUGGAAGAGAUGCCUGGAAAAAGAGACUUGGGAAAUCCCAUCCCCGGAUCUUGUUGGAAGAAUCCUGUCUGAGGAUGGCUCCACUCCAUCCAUUUCUAAGAAACUUCCAGAUUUACAAUUUUUCUGUAAAUGACGUUUAUUUGAAUGAGUAUGGAAUUCCCACUGCUGACUUUAAUAUCAUGGACUGGGCAAUAUUUCCCAACAAAUCUGCUGCUGGGGUGAUAAUUGGGAAUGUUGAAAAAGAAGUCUCUUCAGACAUCAAGAUCUCUGUGGAUGAGAGCGCCAUCAUAUGGCCAACAUCUUUUAACCAGGCAACAGAGUUCUAUGAGACAUACAGAAGUUUUCUUGAAGAGAAAACACAAGAACCACAAGGGGAUAGGGAAGAUGAAAUACAGAGAAAGUUAGUAACAGAAGAGACACCCAUACAAAGAGAAGAAGAAGAAGAAAAAAAAGAAAACACAGAUCAAGAAAGAGAGUGUAUGGAAAGUUGCCUCCCAGGAUAUACCAAGCUGACAAGAGAGGGAGAACCAGUUUGCUGCUAUGACUGUUCUCCAUGUAUGGAAGGAACCAUCUCUGUGCAGGAAGAUGUAGCCCAAUGUGCAAAAUGUCCAGAUGACCAUUUCUCCAACGAGAAGCGGGAUCAGUGUGUCACCAAAGUUAUAACUUUCCUGUCCUACAGAGAAAACUUAGGUCUCAUCCUGGCUGUCUCUACCCUUUUUUUGUCUCUUACCACUGCCUUAGUUCUAGGAAUUUUUAUUAAAUAUCGAGAAACUCCCAUAGUCAAAGCUAACAACCGUGAUCUCACCUAUAUUCUCCUGAUCUUUCUCUUGCUUUCCUUCUUGACUUCCCUUCUAUUCAUUGGUCAACCCAAGAAAGUGACAUGCCUUCUUCGACAAACUGCCUUCAGUAAUGUUUUCUCAGUUGCUGUGUCAUCCUUGCUGGCUAAGACUAUCAUGGUGGUGAUGGCAUUUCUGGCCACAAAGCCAGGAAGCAAAAUGAGGAAAUGGCUGGGGAAAUCUUUGGCCAAUUGCAUUAUCUUCUCCUGCUCUGGUGUUCAGGUGGGCAUCUGUUUCAUAUGGCUGGGAAUCUUUCCCCCAUUCCCAGAUUCUGACUUAUAUUCCCAAAAAGGGCAGAUCCUACUGCAAUGCAAUGAAGGUUCAGUCAUCAUGUUCUAUUCUGCCCUUGGCUACUUGGGCUUUCUGGCUUCCAUCUGUUUCUUGGUGGCUUUUCUAGCCCGAAAACUACCAGGUGGCUUCAACGAAGCCAAGUGGAUCACCUUCAGCAUGCUGCUCUUCUGCAGUGUUUGGGUUUCUUUUGUCCCUGCCUACCUGAGCACCAAAGGAAAAUACAUGGUGGCUGUGCAGAUCUUCUCCAUCCUGACCUCCAGCCUCGGCUUACUUGGCUGCAUCUUUGUCCCCAAAUGUUAUAUCAUCAUUCUGAGACCUGAUAUGAACGCGAAGGAGCAUCUAAUGUUGAAAAACAAUGAGUGA